AAAAUGGAGUCGUCACCUCUAAAUAUUACUGUGAAACUCUCUGGAAAGGGUGAAACCCUUCCCAUCGAGACCACCACUGUAGCAUCAGUCGGAGAAGUCAUUGACCAAAUUAUGACUGCCAAGCCAGAUUUAGACAAAGAGAAGAUCAACCUUGUAAGAAAGGGCAGGAUCCUUAAGACAGAUAAGAUUUUAGGCAAAGUUGGGGUGGCUGAUGGAGACACUAUCAAUUUGGUCAUCAAGGAAGCAACUACUGAGGAAGAAGAACAGAAUCCAGCAGGAGACAUGCCGCCAAUGUUUGGUGGAUUACCUCAAUUCAUGGGCAUGCCAGGAAUGCCUGGUAUGGGUGGUAUGCCAGGUAUGCCAGGUAUGCCAGGUAUGCCAGGCAUGGGUGGUAUGCCAGGCAUGCCAGGCAUGGGUAUUCCUGGUAUGGGUAUGCCAGACAUGGGAAUGGGUGCUCCAGAUGCUUCAGAAGAAGGAGCUGAAGGUAUGUCUCAAAUGCCACCAGGAUUCGAUCCUUCAGCAGCAGGAGGCAUGUUCAAUCCAGAAAUGAUGUCUAACAUUCUUGACAAUCCCAUGGUAAAGGGAAUGAUAUCCGAUUUUCUUUCAGAUCCAACUAAAAUCCAAAAUAUUUUAAGUGCCAACCCUAUCUUAGGGCAGAUGGCUGAAGGAAACCCAGAAAUUCAAGAUUUGAUUAAUAAUCCUGAGAAAAUUAAGGAGCAUAUGACUGAUUCAAAGUUAGAUGAAGCACUUGCAGGAGUUAAGGAUAACCUUAAAAACAUGGAUCCAUCCAAAAUGCCAGGAGCACCAGGAAUGCCUCCAAUGGGAGAUACUCCAGCCAUGACAGCUGGAGGACCAGAAGCUCCAGACGCUUCAUCCGCUCAUCCAGGUUUCGGAGGAAUGAUGGGAAACAUGAUGGGAGGUAUUGACCAAAAGACCCUCAAUGAAAUGAUGGCUGGCUUCAAUGUUUCCCCUCCUAGCGGGGCUGAUGCUUCAACCGAGGAGGACUAUGAAGGAAAAACUGAUGAGGAAUUGAAGACCCUAUUCAAAACCCAACUCGAGACAAUGAGCUCCAUGGGAUUCACUGAUGAAGCUACCAACAUUAAGACCUUGAAGGAGACAAAGGGAGAUACAGACUUAGCACUUCAGAAGUUGAUGGGGAUGUAACUUUAUAAUAAAUUAGCCGGUUCCAGUAGAAAUCAUCAAUAAUUUUUAAAUGUUUUGG